AAAUACUCCCAUCACUCUCCGAUUUUGUUUACAUUUUUUUGAUAAGCCGGGUGUUAGAAAAGGUUGGAGCUCCGUUUAUAUCUUUGGUAUUCCAAAAAAGCAUGAAUCAUGGACCUAGAAGUCAACGAACCCAUCGCCCACGACCAAUUAAUUUUGGACUUGAAAUCUUGGCGGUCGGUUUCGGAGAGUGUGGAUAGUUUUCUGGUCAUAAUACCUACGCUCCUGGGUUUCGUCCUUUCUCGAAUACUUUGUGGACACCUGUCGCUGACAUCAACCAGGCGUUUUCUGCUAGAGUUCCUGUUGAUUGGAUUGCCCUCUGUGAUUUUGGUCACCGUGGGAAAUGCUUACAGCUCCACCUAUUCUUGGGUGGGCUCCAUAGCCAUCAUGGGUUAUCUAUACGGAAAUCAUUAUCAUCCCGGAAAAGACUUUAAAUAUGUGGUUGGAAAACGCCCCAUAGUGUUUACAUUGCUAAGAGCGACGGCAUACAGUGGAACUUGUGUCGCUAUCCUUGCUGUCGAUUUUCCCUCUUACCCCCAUGACUACCGCAAGAGCCGGACGUUUGGGGCAGCGGCCAUGGACAUGGGGAUUGGUCUGUUUGUGGUUAACAUGGGAUUGGUUUCGCAAAGGGCCAAGAGCUUAGCAGACCUCAGAAGGUUGCCAAAAUCUGUAGUUCCUCUGCUGGUCCUGGGGCUGGCUCGCACAUUGGUAAUAACCAUGAUCGACUAUCAUCAAGACGAUUCGGAGUACGGAAAGCAUUUGAAUGCCUUCUUCAUCCUAGGAUUCACAAAGCUUUUGGGGAGCUUGUACAGUUUGUUGGUGAGUUCGGAUGCACAACUGCUUGGGCUCGCUCUGGGUUUGCUGCUCGUCCACGAGGUUAUCUUACAACUGGGUCUCACUUCCUUUGUGAUGGCUUCAGACUCCCGUGAAGGAUUUUUGACUGCUAAUCGGGAAGGACUAAGCUCGCUACAUGGCUGCGUAGCUCUCUAUUUGCUCAGCAUUUACUUUGCCAAGUGGUACACCUCCCAAGAUCACCUUAAUUACCAUCAGUUAAUGACCAAGUUAGGAAAGAUGUUUCUGAUGGUUAUAGUCUGCUGGGGUUUAGUUUUUGCAAGUGCAUAUAUCACAGGUAUUGCUCGGGUGACCUUCAACUUUGGCUAUGUAACUUGGAUCUUCGCUGUCGCCAUCAGUCUCAUUAUGAUAUACGCUUUCAUCUUUGAGCUGAAGUUGGUAAACUUAGCUACCAAGAAGCAAAACUCCGUGGGGGAUGCCAAGAAGCUUAAGAUUACCCCUUACUCCCUGCCCACCUUUGUAGAAAGUCUGAAUAUGAAUGGUCUAACUCACUUUAUGCUCUCCAACUUCCUUACGGGUAUUGUCAACAUGACUCUGAAUCCAGGCAAACGGAAUGGUAUCGAUUGUGUUUUAAUAUUGUCUUUGUACAUGUUUAUCUGCUCUGGAGCAGUAUUCCUAAUGUUAAGAAAGGGCAUAAGAUUAGCAUAGCUUUUUUUAAACAUUUGUACAGUUUAGUAUUUUUAAAAAUUACCCAUCGACCCAAAAGAAAACUAAAAUGAUUCCAAUAACAAGCUGUUUAAAUUUAAUAUUUGUUAUAUAUUUUAUUAAAAUAUUUUUACUAUAUUAACGAAUAUCUAUAUGUCGAUUACAUAAGGUACGAAUUUAGACACCAAGAGGUAAAGUCCAUUAUAUAAAAAUGUUCCUUUUUUGUGUAUAAAACUCAGCACAAUACAUUGACCAGGAUCUAGGCAACUACUAUAAGAGUAUAAAACUACUAUAGGAGUAAUUUUUCAAUUUAUGCGCUUCAUUAAAAUGAAACCGAUUCGAAGGGCAUUAUAUAACCAUUUUGCAUGACCAGGAAUAUAAUGACUGGGGCAUUUGAGCCGAUACUGGAGGGUGCUUGAUCUACAUUGGAAUUCUUAAAUACCUCGUAUACCUUGCAACCGUCCUUGGAGCGAAUCAAUCGGGUCCAUAGCCACUUUUGUUUUUUGUGUGGCGGCGAAUCUUGAGAAGUCAGCUUGUGUUUUAACUGCUGACAGGCGAUGGAGCAAAUAGAAAUGGACCGUUUCAACCUAUCCUUCAUAUUGACGCCGCCGGCGAUUUUUCGUUUAUCCCCAUCCACAGGAUUAGCAAAGUCCACCCGGGCAGCGCGUUGCCGUGGAGAACAGGCAGCGGCGCCAAUUUUGGAGGAAGAUUUGAUGCAUGGACUCUGACAAGUACGGACAGACUCCUCUCGGCGGCUACUACAGCAAGUCCUGGUUGAGGAGGUUUUUGGUAAAAUGCUGUAGGUUGAGGUGCAGCUGUUCGAUGGACAUGACGGCACUGGUGUGCCACACGCCUUGGGCGGCACCUUGCGACUUUCUAAAAAAAAUCCUCCAUAAAGAAUGUGUAUUUGGCUGCGUGGAAACGAACUUACCAUUUUCAGCCUUUAAAGGUUGUAUGAAGUGCUCCGUGGCAAUGGCUCUUAUGAUCUUGGUGGCACCCGCAAGGUAGAGUAUACGAUCUAAAACUGUCAUAAUGACCUCGUCCGGAUAAGGACCGAUCAAGUCUCCAAAAACAGUACACGGCUUCCGUUUGAAGCUGAUACCUAGAUGGGAGUCACAGCUGCACCCCGGCUGCGACACACUGCUGGUAUCCAUUCUAAAAAGUGGUUGUUGCUUCUACCAGUAAUAAUUGAAAUACAAAAAAAAAAAUUUCUAAAAGCCUGACCGGACGAUUGUAUUGUGUGAAGGUUUUGAAUUGAGUGAAAUUGUUAGGAAAAGUCUUGUUAGAAAUAUCUAAAACAGAAAAAACUAGGAUAUAUUGAUUUGUGCUUUAUA